AUGCCGCUCUUUGGGGAAAUUGUUGUAAUUAAACGGAAUGGGACUGAUGGAAUUCAUUUCCCCCUCACUGCAAGUUCUUGUUUAUUUGGAAGGAAAACAGAAUGUGAUAUUCGCAUUCAGUUGCCUCAGGUCUCUAAAGAACAUUGCAAAAUUGAAGUAAAUGAAAACAAGGAGGCAAUACUGACUAACCUAAGUACAGUAAAUCCUACGCAACUGAAUGGUGGUUGUUUUCAGCAACCUGUACCUCUGAAGCAUGGAGAUGUGUUAACUAUUAUUGAUCGUUCUUUCAGGUUUGAAUAUCCUCCCCAAUCAACUCCAAGAAAGAGACGUUCUAGGUCUCCAAAAAAUGAAACACUGCAGGUUCUUCAUGUUCAGCAGGUGGCAGAACCAGAAUUAUUACACAAACAAACUUCAGGAUCUAAAAGUCUUCAUGAUUCUGAUAAUACUGAGUGUGAAGAACAAAAUGCCAAUGAAAAUAAACGAAGUACAGAGGAAAAUAUUUCUAAAGUUUUACCCAUCAAGCUGUUAACAUCUAAACCUUUGUAUAGAAUUCAAUCUAGUAAAAAGGAAAAUGAAAUGUCUCCUUUUAGUAAACUCUAUGAAACACUGAAACACGAGAUUGAAGUGAAAAAAACUCUGCAAGAAGGAAAUGUAUCUCAACAAGCCAAAAAAGAAGAUGGCAAGAGUGCGUUGCUAGAAUCCAGUGCUCAGAUUUCAUCAUCAGAUUAUGCUUAUGGUCUUGGAAGCCUGACUAAAGAAACAGAUUUAAGUGAAACUAUUGAAGAGUAUAAAGUGAGACAAGAAGUGGUCGGUUCAAAAUUUAAUCUGAUUACAGCUGCAGGAAGUACAGACAAGAAGAGCUUUACCAGAAGUCCCCGAACUUCGGCUUCAAAUGAGAUGUCAAGAGAUAUCGGUAAGAAAAUUCGCUUGCAAGAUCACAAGGAACAAAAUAUGUCAGGCAAAUCUGAAGGUAUUGAAGUUACAACCAAACCAAAUGAAAACACCGAUGGAAACGCAGCAUGUUCACCUAAGCCAUGCUCUAUAGAAUGUUUGGGUUAUGGAGAUAAAAUAAAAACAUACUCUUCUGCAAAAAAACCAGAACAACUAGCACCAACAACUGCUGUAACAAAUGCAACUAGCAUGACUAGUGUUUCUGAAAUAGAUAAAUGUAUUUUGUCUACUCCAAGGUCCACAAGGAGGAGUCCUCGGUCUCGUUCCGUAUCAUCUACCAAAGAAACUAGUGGAAAGGGUUCUGUAAAUUCUGAUACUCCAAUAAGUCAGCACAAUGUAUUAUUGGAACAUAAGACUUUUUCAGAAAUUUCAGCUGAACCUCAAAAGGAAGAUUUAGUAUGCAGAAAUGAUAGCCUCAAACAACUGCAUUUGGCAGAAAAUACAUGUUUGAAACAAAGGCGUAAUAGUAAACAACAUACACCAGGAAAAUCUAUAAAAGAAGUGCUGAAAGAAAUUUGUGAUCAGGCAAACUUUGUUCAGAGAGAUUCUGAAACUCCUGCCUCUUCGUCUAAUUCAAAGAGUCCCAAAAGAAAUAUCAGGCGGAGUAAAGAACUAUCAAACAGAAAUGUCUAUUCAGAGACACCGCUUUCAGAAGAAUUAACGCCAGAUCUUGCAUCUCCUGCUAGUCAAAAAUCCAGCCCUGGAAGAAAAAGGGGUAGACCAAGGACCUCUGGGCUGCUAACUAAAAAAGCACUGGAGGCAGAUGCAGUCCAAAAUCAUCAAGAUAAGGCUAUAGAUGGAAAAGAUAGUGGAACUAAAGAGGAGCUGACCACAAAGACCAAUCAGCAGAAACUAGAUUUGGAAGAUGCCAGACCUCAUAGAUUGUCAUCAAAAAGGAAGUCUAGGAGUGCUGUCAUACUGAAAGAAGAUGAGGUGGUCUCAGAAACGAAUAUUUCUAGCCUGUUGGCCGAAGAAGAGGAAUCAGGUAACAGAAGAAGAGCAUCUCAGAAGAGGAGAAGUGGCAAUUUGUUACUUCAGCCUUUAGGAAAAAGAAAGAGAGUGUCUUUUGGUGGUCAUCUAAGCCCAGAACUUUUUGAUAAGAGUUUACCUCCCAAUUCGCCCCUUAAAAGAGGUGCAAUUCCUGCAAGACUGAGCUUACCAUUUGGAAACUCGCCACGUGCCGUUCUGAAGAAGGCUCAGGGAUUGAAGCAUUUUGCAGUCCAGGUACUUCCUGAAUGUUUGCCAAAAGAAAAAGUGUCACCAAAAAAUUUGAUGACCCGGAGGUCCCCAGCUGCCUCCCCUCUUUCUGGAAAAGCAACACCUAAAUUUACUUUAAGCUCUCCAACACCUUACACUAAAGGUCGUUUCUCCAUUUCUCACGUCACGACACCAUCACCGGCUGCAGAGGAGCAGAAUGCUGUUGCAAAAGACGUGAAUACCCAGGAGAAAAACGAUACUCAAGUAAAAACACCAAAUUCUUCUCACGUUAACCAAGAUGAUAAAACUACAGCUAACAAAUUAACAAAACACGCACAGCUUGCUUUGAAGAGCACUCCCAUGAAGAGAAGAAGUGGGGCUGUAGCAGUUCUUAAUGCAAAAAGAAGAAGUGGUGCCUCCAGUGCCAAUUUGCUAGUUGCAAAAUCUUGGGCAGAGGUGGUAAAGUUAGGUGUUGCCAGACCACAAGCAAAAGCCAUUAAAAAGUCUGUCCAGAAAGGAAGAUCAGCAAAGAGGAUAACAAAAUCACCAAAGACUCCAGAAAGAAAAGUAAAGGGUCACUUUAGUACAGGUCAUGUGGAGUCUCCUGCUACCAUAGUUGUAGGCAGAGCUUAUACCACAACAGUUAGAAUGGCCGGACAGGUCCCUAAAGUGGUAAAAAAUCCUAUCUUGAAACAAAACAUGGAUACAGAUGAAAGCUUCACAGGAAUGACUGAGAUGUUUCAGACUCCAGAAAAUAAAAGUGGAAAAAGACUGCCUUUGUUCACUGUUCAGAAGACUGAUUUUACACCAACAUGUAGUGCAGUGGAAGUUUCAGAGUUGCACACUCCGGAGGAAUCUGGAGAGAUGAUAGUGUCGCCCUUAAGUAGCUCAGAUGCUUCAGAGCAGAAACAAGAUAGUCAAGACAUCUGUCACUUUCUGAGAGAUGAAGAGUUUGUGGUUGAUGCCAUCUCCACGAAUACUCCUGAAAAAAAAGAGACUAUGCUGGAAGAAAAUGUUGACAUGGACAGUUUGCUAAUAAAUCCAGAAAAAUGUACACCUUGGGUGAAAUUAGGAAUUAAAAGCACGACCCCGAAGCAGAAGCCGGAGCCAGUUGAGGCCCUGUCUGGUGUCAAGCAGCUCCUGAGGACCCCGAAGCAGAAGCUGGAGCCAGCUGAGGCCCUGUCUGGUGUCAAGCAGCUCCUGAGGACCCCGAAGCAGAAGCCGGAGCCAGCUGAGGCAGAGGCCCUGUCUGGUGUCAAGCAGCUCCUGAGGACCCCGAAGCAGAAGCCGGAGCCAGCUGAGGCCCUGUCCGGCGUCAAGCAGCUCCUGAGGACCCCGAAGCAGAAGCCGGAGCCAGCUGAGGCCCUGUCCGGCGUCAAGCAACUCCUGAGGACCCCGAAGCAGAAGCCGGAGCCAGUGGAGGCAGAGGCCCUGUCUGGCGUCAAGCAGCUCCUGAGGACCCCGAAGCAGAAGCCGGAACCAGCUGAGGCCCUGUCCGGCGUCAAGCAGCUCCUGAGGACCCCGAAGCAGAAGCCGGAACCAGCUGAGGCCCUGUCCGGCGUCAAGCAGCUCCUGAGGACCCCGAAGCAGAAGCCGGAGCCAGUGGAGGCAGAGGCCCUGUCCGGCGUCAAGCAGCUCCUGAGGACCCCGAAGCAGAAGCCGGAGCCAGUGGAGGCAGAGGCCCUGUCCGGCGUCAAGCAGCUCCUGAGGACCCCGAAGCAGAAGCCGGAGCCAGUGGAGGCAGAGGCCCUGUCCGGCGUCAAGCAGCUCCUGAGGACCCCGAAGCAGAAGCCGGAGCCAGUGGAGGCCCUGUCCGGCGUCAAGCAGCUCCUGAGGACCCCGAAGCAGAAGCCGGAGCCGGCUGAGGCCCUGUCUGGUGUCAAGCAGCUCCUGAGGACCCCGAAGCAGAAGCCGGAGCCGGCUGAGGCCCUGUCCGGUGUCAAGCAGCUCCUGAGGACCCCGAAGCAGAAGCCGGAGCCGGCUGAGGCCCUGUCCGGUGUCAAGCAGCUCCUGAGGACCCCGAAGCAGAAGCCGGAGCCGGCUGAGGCAGAGGCCCUGUCCGGUGUCAAGCAGCUCCUGAGGACCCCGAAGCAGAAGCCGGAGGCUAUUACAGAUGAAAAUGCCUCUAGAAGAUUGCUGAAGACUCCAGUGGAAGCAGUAAAAGAUAUGGCAGGUGUUAAGUUAAUCAGGAAAACUCCAAAAGUGAAAUAUCAACCAGUAGAAGAUAUGAUUGGGGUCAGCCGUAUUUUCAAGACACCAAAAGAAAAAGUUGAACCAGUGGAAGAUAUAUUUGGAAUUAGUAGAUUAGUGAGGACUCCGAGAGAGAAGUAUCACCCAGUUGAAGAUUUUGUGGGUCUGAAAAGGCUUAUGGCAGAACCCAGGGAAAAAUGUUCAGAUUUUGAAGUGGAAUAUGUCGGCGUUAAGGAGAUGUUUGAUGUACCAGAGGAAGUUAAGGUCAGAUCAAUAAAUAUUACAGAUCUUCAGCAAGAAGAUACUGUACUUCCUUGUACUAAUUCCAGUCAUGAAUCCGAAGACAAAGGAAAUAUUUCAGAAGGUGGAGAUUCUCAACAGAUGGUAUCACCCAGCAAAGACCAGUCUACAAAGAGACAAAAAAGGGGCAGACCAAGGAAGACAGUGCAUGCUAUUUCAGUAAAACAGUGUGGAAAGAAUCUAGAGGAAGAUGUAAAUUUAAAAGAAUUGCAAACUCUGGAAAUAAAGAGCCCUCAAGAGGGGAUGGAUGUGGUUAACGCUUCAGUUUCAGCGGCUAAAAAUCUACGAAGAGGAAAGAGAACAAAUCGUUGCAUUGAAGAAGAAAUUGUUUCAGUGCACAUUGAUCGUGAAAAAGCUGAAACUGUGUCAUUUGUGGAAUUAUGUGGAGCUGCUCAAAGACCAAGAAGAGGUAAAAAGAAUGAACCAAAGGAGUUAAAACAUCAGAGUCUUGAGUGUUGUGGCAAAGACUCUUCAGUGCUACAAAAAGAACCUGCAAAUAUAAAACAGACUUUGCAGGAGAAAAUGUCUAGAGGAGAGAAAAAAGUUGAAAUCACAGAACCAGUAAUUCCAUCUAAAAGAAUAAGAAGAGGAAAAAAUGUCCAAGUCAAACAGUCACCUUCAGAGGAGCUUCAUGGGACAGCGAGGAAACUUUGUAAGGACUCUUCAGCAAGGAUAAUGCAAGAAGAACAGACUUUUGACAAAGGUAUCACUGAGACUGCCCUUGCAGAAAAUUCUGAAAUCGGAGCUGAACCUGAAAUAAAGGUAGUAGAAAAAAGAGGAAAAUCUUUAAGAAAUGCUAGAAAGCAUUUGAUUGAAACAAAAACAGAAAUUUGCAGGAUGGCACCUGAAAAUAUGCAAAAAGUUCAAGACACCAAGGAAACUUCAGCAGAAACUGUUACUGAAGCACAAUCGCACAUGCAAAGUGAGAGGAAAGUAUGUCAGGGAGAUGAAUCUGAAAAUGCACAGGAGAAUGCAGCAGAGUCAUCUCAAAGAUUAAAGUCACAGUCAGCUUUUGGAGAGACAACCAAAGCACCUGCUGCUGUUCUGUACUUGGAAACAACCAGAAGCACAGUACAAGAAACAAGCAGAACUAGAAGUAGGAGAGUCAAAAAGGACUCCUUGGAGAUAAAGGCUGAUGAAUUUGUCAGAGAUGUAAACAGCCUAAAAGUAAUUGUUCCCAAACUUAAGUCAGAAACAGUGCUAGUGGAAUCCUCUGUCAAGGAUUCUUUAGGUUCUCCCAUUGUCAAGGACAUGAACGACACAGCUGCCACAGCAGUACCUGCUGCAGACAAUGACAAAGUGGCUCAUAGCUGUCAAAAGCAGACUGAAAAUGAAGAAGUACUUAAACCUCAACAAAUUGGAAUACUGCAAGAGAGUCAGACACAAAUAAAUGGGACUACGUUUAGAAGAGGUAGAGGGAAGAAAGUUAAUUUUGAACUUGAAGAAGCUAAUUCCAAAGCACUUGAAGGGAAGAGUUUACCUGGAGAUGAUAAAGGAAUAACUUAUAAAGGUGGUCAACAUGACACUUUAGAAAAUACUUCCUCACAAAUAAGGAGGAGCAGAAGAAAGCAAGUUGAUUCCAUUCCACCAACAGCUUGUUCUAGCUUUACUAAAAAACAAACAUUAAUUGAAGAUCAUAGUAAAAAUGAGACUUUUGUAGAAGAUCCAGCUUUGGAAGCUACUCUCUCCUCAACAGAAGAGAAUCCGCUGAGAUGGGGCAAAAGAGGAGAGGUUGCUGUAGCAUCACAAACCACUAGUUCUGUUUCUAUCAGAAAAAAGCGUGGGUUGCUGGAAGGUGAUGAUAAAAAGAUGACUGUGAAAGAAGAUCAAAAUAUGGCUUUGGGAAAUAAAACUUCCCAGGCAAAAUCAAAUGCAGCAGCAAAGGACAAAAGAAAGAAGAUUGAUCCAGCAGCAGAGGCAAAAAGUUCAUCUUCUCUCCAGAGAAAACGUGGCUUGUCAGAAACUGAUGAUAAAGAGGAGAGUUCUAAUCAAGAACAAAAUAUACCUUUGGAAACCAUGUCCCCAGCGAAAGAAAAACCAUUAGGAAGGGGCAGAAGGAAAGAAACUGCUUUGAUGUCACAUACAACUAAUUACAUUUCUCUUAGAGGAAGACGUGGUGUGCUAGCAGAUAGUGGUAGAGAAGAUAUUCUUAAAGAAGAUCAAAAUGUGCUUUUGGAAACUGUUGCUUCAUCUGUAAAAGAAACUCAGUUGAGGAAGGGCAGAAGGAAAGAAGUUGCCCUCUUGUUAGAAGCAACAAGUUCUACUUCUAUUCAGGGAAAACAAAGUGUAUUAAAAGAAAACAGUGGAAAGAAUACUUACGGGGAAGCUGAAAAACUGAUUUUGGAAAACUCUACUUCUCCCCAGAAAAUGGAUCUUUCAAAAAGGAACUUAAGGCAAAAAGCUAAUGUCACUUCAUUAGCUGUUCGUUCCACUUCACCACAAGGGAAAAACAUGCUUUGUCCAAAGACAUAG